CGAAGGUGAAAUCCGCCGGCGCGAAUGCAGUGCGGUGACCUGCACAAGACCCCGUAGCAGCGUCCGCGCGGCCACGCUCGCCUUCGUAUUUUGUUAAAGAUGGGCAAGGGUCUAGUGGCGAUUUUGUCGGUGAUUCUGACGUUGAUGACGGUGGUCGCGGUGUCGCUGUCAGUGCUGCUGUGGUUGAAGACAACUGAAACUCAACCAGAGACAGAGAGUCGGCAGACCAACUAUAUGAUUGGUGUUGGACGAGCGGACUGCACAGGCCCUGCUGCUGAAGUGGCAAUGAUGGGCUACGCCAGCCCGUCGCAGGUCGCCAAGGGGAUCCACACGCGCCUCUACAGCCGCGCCUUCAUCGCGGCCGACUUCAGCGGCAACCGCGUCGUGUUCGUCAGCGUUGAUGUUGGCAUGAUCUCGCAGAAGGUCAGGCUUGAGGUGUUAAUGCGGCUAAAGGAUAAAUACGGAUCACAGUACAAUGAGUCGAACGUGGUUCUGAGUGGGACCCACACUCACUCGGGCCCCGGAGGAUACUUCCAGUACUCUCUCUUCGUGAUUGCUUCUCAAGGAUUCAUCAAACCCUGCUUUGAAGCCAUCACUUCAGGCAUCGUUCACAGUAUUGACAUUGCCCAUGGAAACAUGAAGCCAGGCAACCUCUUUCUCAGCCGAGGGGAGGUGAAAGAAAGCAAUGCCAACCGCAGCCCCUUCUCCUACCUGAACAAUCCAGCAGCGGAGAGAAGCAGGUACAAAACCAACACCGAUGAGGACAUAUUGCUCCUGAAGCUCGUGGACCAGGAGGGCGCACCCAUCGGAGUGGUGACCUGGUUUGCGGUCCACGCUGUGAGCAUGAACCUCACGAAUAAACUCAUCAGUAGCGACAACAUGGGCUAUGCCGCCUACCUGUUCGAGCAGGAGAUGAACCCUGGUUUUCUGCCUGGGGAGGGACCGUUUGUGGCGCUGUUUUCUUCAUCGAAUUUGGGAGAUUCCUCACCCAACACCAAGGGCCCACACUGCAGCCAGACGGGGGUUUCCUGUGCCAACGUGAACAGCUACUGUGAUGUCGGAGGGUCAAAGACGUGCAUCAGCAUGGGACCUGGAGACGAUAUAUUCGAAAGUACAAAACGCAUUGGGGAAAACAUUUACUCAAAGGCCAAGGAGCUGUUCUCGGAAGAGGGGAGGACGCUGACCGGUCCGGUGAAUUCUGCCCAGCAGUGGGUGAACAUGACCGAUGUUGUUGUUCGGUUCAACUCCACUCACACAGCUAAGACGUGCAAACCGGCCCUGGGAUACAGCUUUGCAGCCGGCACCACCGACGGCCCGGGGUCACUGAACAUCAUGCAGGGCACCACGGAGGGAAACGCAUUCUGGGAUGCCAUUCGGGACUUUCUCUCCGGCCCUCCAUCCAACGAGACCACGGAAUGCCAGGCUCCCAAACCCAUCCUCUUGGACACCGGAGAUGUGAGUCGCGACUUUGCUGUUCGUGGGAUUGCGCUGCUUCCACGCUCGUGGGGUUUGCGUCAGAUACUGGAUCUACUCUUACACGGCUGCACGGCGGAGCUCGUGAGCGGCGCGCCACCGCCGGCCCCGGCUCGACGCCUUCCCAGGCUGAACCCCUGGGAGCUCGUCGCCCUGAGUCCUUCCGUGCCUCUCCCCGCACUGCGUGCGUUCUGCUCGCACCACCUCUCUCUCCUCCUCAGCCACGACCCCCGGCUCAAAGUUGCCGACGCUGUGUCUCGGCAGGCAGAGUGGAGCUUUGCAAAGAUGCCGCCGUUUCUUUUUGAUAUUUAUAGACAGCUGAUGCUGCCGUUCGGUGUGGAGGAGCUGAUAUCUCAGUUUGAGAGCAUCCUGGGCACACAGGAGUUGAACUGGCCGGCCGUGCUGUCCUGCGUCUCCGCACUGCUCGCGUGCUUCCCAAAGGCCCACGUCCUGCUGCAAGACAUGCUGCGGAGGCUGCUGACGCAGGCGUUCUGCAGCUACGAGGUCGAGAGCCUCGUUCUGGCGCUGCUGCUGGCACGCCAGGCAGCGCUGGGUGACGCUGGGGGGUCAGCCAGCUACACGCGGUGGUUCCAGAGCUCUUUCGGUGACGCCAAAGGGUUCCACGUGGGCAGCAAGAAGUCGCUGUUGUUCCUCCUCAAGUUCCUGUCGGAGCUGGUGCCAUUUGAGCCUCCGCACUACCUCAAGAUUCACAUCCUAAACCCCCCGUUUGUGGAGCUGAAGCAACGCGCUGCGCUGAUGGAAUACGUGUCCCUGGCGAGGACCAGGCUUGUCGACCUCAAGGAGUCCAUAGAGGAGAUGGGCCUCUACGCUGACCCAGUCGAGGACCGUCGCGCGCAGGACGGAUCGGGCGCCCAUCGCAUGGAGGAUGACGUGGAGAAGACGCUGGUGGCAUUUGAGCGCACGGGAAAGAUCCCGUCUAGUGUCAUGGAGGCGAGCAUUUUCAGGAGGCCAUAUUUCCAGAUGCGCUUCUUGCCAGCGCUGCUGAAAACGCGCCGUCUUCCUGAUGACCCAGAUGUUCGCAUGGUCUUCAUCGAGGCCAUGAGGAGAGCCGACAAGAUUCCCAGCCACAUGUUCAGAGCCUACGUGGAGGCAUGCAGCAUGGCCGAGAUCCAGCAGCAGCAGCACGGGCAGCAGGACACGUUGCCCGUGGGAGGAAUUCCCUCUGAACCGAUGGACGUCGUGUGGCAGAGCCUGGAGUCACUCCCCUCUGUCGCCUCCCUUGCAGCCAGGAGCCCGGACACGCAGGAUGCAGUGUCACAUCUCGUGCUGCGUGUGGAGGAGUGCCUGCGGGAGCUGCAUGGGGCCGAUCCUCCCCGGGAGCUCCGCCUGGGCCCCGUUGCCAAGGAGCACCUUCAGUUGGUCGACCUGCUUCUCAACAGCUUCUGCAAGGCGGUGACCGGUGUCUGCGCCAUGCACCACGACUUCAGGCUGCUUGACUGGAGUUGCCGGUUCGUGUUGAUGCUCGCGGGCCUGAGCUGGCUUCACAAGCCGCUACUCAGCAGAGUGUGGGCCCUCCUCCUCAAACAGGCCCAGCAGCUAAGCGAUUGCCACAUACUGGGCCUGGCCGCUUUUCUGGCGCUCGUACACCGGCACCGCAGCGCCUUCCCGCUCGUGACGGCCCUGCCUGCAUCCACUGCCACCGACCCUGCAGAGCCGCUCCUGCAGGCCGUGCCAUUCACGGAGAGCGUGGCCGCGGCGCUGCCCUGCAGCUCCGCCGUGGAGAUGCUCCUUUCGUUGCGGCUGUGCACGGCACUGCUCUCCUUCUCUCUUUCCGCUGCCGGCGCCGAGGAGACCGCGCUGAGCGAGAACUUCACGAAGAAGUUCCUCUUUCUCGCCGAUCGAGUGAGUUUUCCUCGGAAUAAGGGGACAUCGGCGGAUGGAUCUCCCUCCCUGCACCUUUAUCCCUUUUUACCACAGCUGGGCGAGCUGGUGCACACUUCCGGUGUGCAGGCUGCGUGCAGCGCGCUGGCCUCAUCAUCGCCGCUGCAGCGCUCACUCGAGCAGCACGGCCCUCGGCUCGGCUUCAGUGAGUGGCUGCAGAUGGAACUGCGAGUUGAUUCGGAGCGUGACCUUCUCACUCACACGGAGCGGUUCGAACACCAGCGCUGGAAGAUCUUCACUCAAUUUCUUCCGUGCCCCGUGGUCAAUGGCGGCUGUGGCAGCUCCUACCACGUGGCCUGCAAGCUCCUCCUGUCCACCCUGCUCCACGCACACGCCCAGCCGAGUCAGGCUGGGGGUCGUGACCUCUCCUCCCCAUGCAAUCGCAGCAAUAGCUGCUUCUCCGAGUUCCUGUGCCGGCUGCAGGAGUUGGCGGUUGAUGUGGAGGUUCCGUCCACUUCACUGGGCGAGAAAGUUCCCCAGCACUGGCUGCUCGAGGGACUGAGGGAGAGCUUCCAGCAAUUAGACGAGUGGCAGGCUGCAGGGCAACAGCAGCAGCAGGCCGAGAGUUUUGCCACCCCCGAGCAAGAGACACUAAUGCACUCCUUUGUGAGGGUGCUGUUGGGCUUGCCUGCCGAGACCUUGCUCACGAGGCCUUCCAGAGACGACGCCGGCCUUCGUGACCUCUUCAGCCUGACCAACAACGAAUUGAGGGCUUUCUGCUGCGAGGGCUCCAUACUGCCUCGGAGCAUCACUCUGCAUCUCACAAGAGGCAUACUGCUCAAGUGCUCGCGUUCACCGCACUGCUACGAGGCUGUGGCCUCCACGUGGCUCCAGCUGCUGACGUCGUCACCCCUCCUGUUCGUCUCCAUCGCAGGCUGGUGGCUUCAGCUGAGGCCAGUGCUGUCCGUGCUCUGUGGCCACUCGCCCUGGAAGGCCGGAUUGCCCAAUGAACUCCUCCGCCUGGAUGAAGCCUACUUCUGUGCCCAGCAGCUCGUGCAGGGCUGUGUUGACUCCACGGUCACCGUGGACAUCCCCGGAGACGGAGCGUGGGCCUGCGCCGUAGCGCUGCACCAAGUGGCCGGGAUGGCAGCCGUAGCCAUUCUGCGGCGGACGAGCAUCCUGUCUGUGAACGUCCUCGUGGCUCUUUAUCAGCUCGCCCUGGGUGACUCGCUGAGCCUCACCCUCUGCUCCAGGUUCACAGAAGACAUCUGGAGAGAGAAGCUCGUGGAGCUGAAUGUCCUCGCACUGGAGCUUGGCAGGAGAGGAGUCUCGUGGGUUUCAUUCUUUAAGUCUGAAGCAGUGGAGUCCAGGUUGGACUUUGUGCGAUGGAGAAGUCUCAACUCGGAUGCGCUGCUUAAGGGAGCUCCGGUGAUCUUCUUAAGCUUGCUGGAGGCUCUUGUGGCCACGUGGCCAGAGGGGAGCUCCGAACCGGCUCUGCAGCCAACUGUGACUGACGUGGACCUCCUGGUGGUGGCCGUGGAGAUGCACUCAUCCCUCGCCUCCCUCUUCGCAUCCCCGCAGAGAGAGAGCACAGGCAGCCUGCAUUCGUCUGACACGUUCCUGCCGUUGGAUCUGAUUCACAGGAGCAAGCAGCUGCUUUUGAGGCUCAUUCCCCGGUGCCCCUGCCCAGCGCGCGCACAAGAGGCGUGGCUGACAGCUGUUGACCCAGAGCUAAGGGCUGCCCUGGACCACUUCUCGCAGAGAAGCUGACAUGUCACCACAACAAUCCUCCCGCCUGUGCCCAUGAGCACACCAAUUUCAGCUGGCCCACCGAGUGGGGUGCAAUGGUGGCGAGAUGUUAACUACCUCUCCUGGUAUAAAAAAGGUCGUGGGUUCGAUCCCAAGCCUGACGCCUGCUGUAUAUUUGGAGUUUGCGUGUCUCUCUCCCUGUGAUUGCGUGGAUUUUUAUCCAGGUCCUCUGGUUUUCUCCCGCCACAUUUAGAAUCAACGUGCGUUUAGAGUAUUUGCCUGCCAUAUAUUUCCACGUGAUAAGCCACUUGGUCGAGCUAUGAUAUGUGGCCAGGUUGCUUCUGAAAAGAAGCUACAUAGCUCAGUGGGCCUUACCUGGUAAAAUAAAAAAGUUUAGUUUUGUUUACUCUGCCUCGGGUCCCGUUGGUGUUGUGGGGCCACUUUGGGGUCAUAAGAGAUGCUUUCAAAUACCACUCGGGGAUAAACUGGAAAUCAAAUGAGUGGCAUUCAUGAAAUAAACAGC